UUUCAUUGCGUAAAAACAAAGGUUUGGUUUUAAUGGUGAAGAUGAUAACGAAAAAGCUAGCAUGUUUGAUGAUGGUGUUGAUGUGUGCGUUGAAGAAAGUGGAGUCUUCGGCCGAUGUGAUGAAAGGACUAUCAGAAAAUUUCGGUAAAGCCUUGGGUGACUGUAAAAAAGAGCUCGACCUGCCCGACUCCAUAAUGACGGAGUUCUACAACUUCUGGAAGGACGACUACGUGUUGUCUGACCGGUCUACCGGCUGUGCCAUCAUCUGCCUGUCGAGCAAGCUGGACCUGCUGGACCCCGACGGGAACCUGCACCACGGGAACGCUAAGGACUUUGCGCUUAAACAUGGAGCUGAUGAAGGCAUGGCAGGCCAGCUGGUGGGCAUGAUCCACGAGUGCGAGAAGGCGGCCCCGGACAACCCUGACGCGUGCCUCAAGGUGCUGGACAUCGCCAACUGCUUCAAGAAGAAGAUCCACGAGCUCAAGUGGGCGCCCAGCAUGGACGUGGUGGUCGCUGAGGUGCUGGCUGACGUCUAGAGACAACUGAUGAUCGACCUGAUGACUUGAAAAAAAUUUCUGAACGAGAAUAAAAGCGCGACGAUUGGUGGAGAAAAGAGGAAGACAAUUGUCACAUGUAUUUUUUGUCGAAAGAAACUUGAAAUGACCCUGGCAUGUUUUAAUGGUAUUUGAUUUGUAUUUUAGUUUUUAAGUGUAUCUUGAAUAAAAAUAUUAGAAGCACCUGAAAA